AUGAAAAUAUCAAAUAAGCUCAACGCCCCUUUACUUGGGUUGCGCCCAGGUUCAGAAGAAGAAAUAGGAAUUGAAGGAAAGAAACGUGCGGAUGAGCAUAAUGAACAAGUAACAAGCUUGUUUCAGCCCACAAAUUCUCAAGUUCACUUUGCAACCUUUAUAAAGUACGGAGGUUGUGACAUCAAUGUUUGGAUAGAACUGGAUAAAGAAGGAUGGGAAUGGUUAAGAGCACGAAUCAUUGCCAUCGAGCAGCCCUGCCGAGAUUCAGUGAACAGCGGAAAAAGAGUACCCCGAGCGAGGAGCAGGAGCCGGCGGGGAGGGGGUGGGCGGGGCUGCGCGCGCACCAGGAGCGGAGCGGCGAGCGCGCGCGCGCCGUGCGGGACCCGCGUCCGCGCCGGCGUCGUCGCGGGCGCCGCGUCGGCCGCUGGUGGCGGCGGCGGCGUAGCCGCCCGCGCCUCUCGCAGCAGCGUCACACGGCGGGCGGCAGCGGCGCGAGCGCCACCAACACCAGCAGCGCAGCCAGCGCGGCCAGCGCAGCCGGUCCGGCCCGGCCGGCCCAGCCAGCGACAGCCACAGCCCCACACGCCAGGCAGGCGACGGCGACGCGGCCCGCGCACGCCGCCAUGGACUGAGCGACCGCCCGCCCGACAGGCAGCGCCCGGUGGUGGCUUCAUGAGCAUCUUCCCCAAAUGCCCUGCAACUCCCACUGCCCCGAAUUGUCAGGUUAAAGAGGGGAAAUCG